UAGUUGGGCAGUGUGAGACGCGCAGUAUCUGUGCGAGCCAGGGCGGGCGGGAGUUGGUGCCGGAGGAUCCCGGAGAGCGACCUCCCUGCCAGUGCCUCCGAGCGAGUGGCUGGGGCAGCGGGGAGUGAGCUGAGGGAUGCGCCGCGUCCCCAACACCCAGUUAUCAGUAUCAGAGAGUCCACAAGGAAAAUAUAUCAGCAACUUCAUUGAUGGGAGUGGAGCUAAUUUCACUGCAUGGUGAAGACUGAGAAAUGAUCAGAACAGAGACAGAAGAGUUGGAGGGUACCUGUUGAUGUCAUGACGGCAUACUGGACCGUUCUAAAGAUGCACUGCAGGUACUGAUGGAAAGGGGUUCAAUAUGAACGUAAAUGAUGUUGGAGGAAGACGACGCUUUGAGGACAGUGAGUUUGCACUACACGUAUAUCCUGGGAGCAUUGCUGAAGGAACCAUCUAUUGCCCUAUUACUGCCAGAAAAACAUCAACAGCUGCUGAGGUAAUAGACUCUCUCAUUAAUAAACUCCAACUAGACAAAACAAAAUGUUAUGUCCUAGCAGAGGUCAAGGAGUUCGGUGGGGAGGAAUGGAUUCUCAACCCUACAGACUGCCCUGUCCAACGCAUGAUGUUGUGGCCCCGCAUGGCCCUGGAGAACCGACUGAGUGGGGAAGACUAUCGCUUCCUUCUGAGGGAGAAGAAUCUAGAUGGGUCUAUUCAUUAUGGCAGUCUACAGUCCUGGUUACAGGUGACAGAAGAGCGUCGCAGGAUGAUGGAACGUGGAUUCCUUCCUCAGCCGCAGCAGAAGGACUAUGAUGAUUUGUGCAGUUUACCAGAUUUAAAUGAGAAAACACUCUUGGAAAAUCUCAGAAACCGCUUUAAGCAGGAAAAAAUUUAUACCUAUGUAGGCAGCAUUCUGAUAGUCAUUAAUCCAUUCAAAUUUCUCCCCAUUUACAAUCCUAAGUAUGUCAAAAUGUAUGAUAAUCAUCAGCUGGGAAAGUUGGAGCCCCAUAUUUAUGCUGUGGCUGAUGUGGCCUACCAUGCUAUGCUUCAGCGCAGGAAGAACCAGUGCAUCGUGAUUUCAGGAGAAAGUGGGUCAGGGAAAACACAGAGCACAAACUUUCUGAUUCAUCACCUCACUGCUCUCAGCCAGAAAGGAUUUGUUAGUGGAGUAGAACAGAUUAUUCUUGGAGCCGGACCAGUGCUUGAGGCUUUUGGAAAUGCAAAGACAGCACAUAAUAACAACUCAAGUCGCUUUGGCAAGUUUAUUCAAGUGAAUUACCAGGAAACAGGCACUGUGCGAGGAGCUUAUGUUGAAAAGUAUUUACUGGAGAAAUCCAGGCUAGUCUAUCAGGAACACAAUGAACGGAACUACCAUGUAUUUUAUUACCUUCUGGCAGGAGCAAGUGAGGAAGAAAGAUCAGCAUUCCAUCUUAAACAACCCGAGGAGUAUCAUUAUCUCAAUCAGAUGACAAAGAAACCCCUCAGACAGAGCUGGGAUGAUUAUUACUAUGACUCUGAGCCGGAUUGUUUCUCUGUUGAAGGGGAAGACCUGAAGCAUGAUUUUGAGCGCUUACAACUGGCCAUGGAGAUGGUGGGAUUUCUUCCCAAGACUCGCAGACAGAUUUUCUCUCUCUUAUCUGCAAUACUACACUUGGGUAACAUCUGUUACAAAAAGAAAACAUACCGGGAUGAUUCUAUAGAUAUUUGUAACCCUGAAGUACUACCUAUUGUCUCAGAAUUGCUGGAGGUAAAAGAAGAGAUGCUGUUUGAAGCCCUGGUUACCAGAAAGACAGUGACGGUGGGAGAGAAGCUUAUUUUACCAUACAAACUUGGAGAGGCUGUGACUGUGCGGAAUUCCAUGGCUAAAUCAUUGUACAGCGCCUUGUUUGAUUGGAUAGUUUUUCGAAUUAAUCAUGCACUUUUGAAUACAAAGGAUGUGGAGGAAAGCACCAAGACUUUGUCCAUUGGAGUACUUGAUAUCUUUGGGUUUGAAGAUUAUGAAAAUAACAGCUUUGAACAAUUCUGCAUUAACUUUGCUAAUGAACGCUUACAGCACUACUUUAACCAACACAUCUUUAAACUAGAGCAGGAGGAGUACAGAGCCGAAGGCAUCAGCUGGCACAACAUAGACUACAUAGAUAACUCUGGCUGUAUAAAUCUUAUCAGCAAGAAACCAACAGGACUGCUCCACCUGCUGGAUGAGGAAAGCAAUUUUCCACAAGCCACAAACCAAACACUACUGGACAAGUUUAAGCGUCAGCAUGAGGGGAAUUCUUACAUUGAAUUUCCAGCCGUGAUGGAGCCUGCUUUUAUCAUAAACCACUAUGCUGGAAAAGUGAAAUAUGGAGUGAAGGAUUUCCGGGAGAAAAACACAGAUCAUAUGCGGCCAGACAUUGUAGCUCUCCUAAGAAGCAGCAAGAACGCCUUCAUCUGUGGAAUGAUAGGGAUUGAUCCAGUGGCUGUGUUCCGCUGGGCAGUCCUCAGAGCUUUUUUCAGGGCUGUGGUUGGUUUUAGGGAGGCUGGAAAACGAUACACUGAGAAGAAAACUGGGCAUGAUGAUGCAGUGCCAUGUGCGGUUUUGAAAAGUGUGGAUAGUUUUAGCUUUCUACAUCACCCAGUCCAUCAGAGGAGCUUAGAGAUCCUGCAGAGAUGCAAGGAGGAGAAGUACAGUAUUACUCGGAAAAGCCCAAGAACACCCCUUUCAGAUCUUCAGGGAGUUAACACCAUCAAUGAGAGAACCCAGCGCGAUACCUAUGGAGUUGGCUGGACUGGCAGGAUGGGAAUCCGACAAGGCCGACUCUCUAGUCCUAGCUCCUUCCUAGACAAAGAUGGGAUAUUUGUUAAUUCGACCAACAGCAAGCUGCUGGAGAGGGCCCAUGGCAUUCUCAUGAGAAACAAGAACUUCAAAGCCAAACCCAGUCUCCCAAAGCACUUGUUGGAGGUGAAAUCUCUCAAGCACCUAACUAACCUGACACUGCACGAUCGCAUUACAAAGUCUCUUCUCCACCUCCAUAAGAAGAAGAAACCACCCAGCAUCAGUGCACAAUUCCAGGCAUCCCUCAACAAGUUGAUGGAGACUCUUGGUCAAGCAGAGCCUUAUUUUGUCAAGUGCAUUCGAUCUAAUGCUGAAAAGCUCCCUCUGAGGUUCAGUGACAGCCUGGUGCUUAGGCAGCUGCGAUAUACAGGAAUGCUGGAGACAGUUCGAAUUCGGCAGUCUGGGUACAGCUGCAAAUAUUCCUUCCAGGACUUUGUGGACCAUUUCCAUGUUCUGCUGUCACGAGGAAUCAGCCCAUCUAAGCACAACAUCCAUGAUUUCUUCAGGAAAAUAAAGCUCAGUCCAGACAAUUAUCAAGUUGGGAGAACAAUGGUUUUCAUGAAGGAGCGGGAGCGCCAGCUUUUGCAGGAUUUGCUACACCAGGAAGUGCUCCGGAGGAUUACUCUGCUGCAGCGUUGGUUCCGUGCUAUACUGGAGAGAAGGCACUUCUUGAACUUGAGGGAGGCAGCAGUGAUCAUACAGAGGUACUGGCGCAGUUAUCAGAGUAGAAAGCAAGCUGAAGACUCCCUAGUUGAUCCUCUCCUUUUCAGCAAUGCAGCACUCGUUCUUCAGGCCCACUGGCGAGGUUUUGUGGAGAGGCGAAGAUUCCUGCAGAUGCGGGUUGCAGCCUUCAUCAUCCAGAACUAUUGGCGGGAAUGCUCUAGGCGUAGGCAUGCCGCAGCUAUGUGCAUACAGGGAGGCUGGCGAGGAUACUGCGCAAAGAGACUCUACAGGGCCAAGAGAAAUAAAGUCAUCCUAUUGCAAGCAGCAUGCAGAGGAUACAUAGCACGGCAAAGAUUUACAGCUUUAAAAGAGCAGAGAUUAAAAGAGAGACAGCUGGAGAAUGGAGUGUCAAUCAGAGAAGAGGAUGGACUGGAGGCAGCUGAUACUAUGAAAAUUAGGGGCUCAGACCCAUCUAAGUGGGAGGAUGGCUCGUUUGAACAGCGGGUGAGAGCUGUAGAGGAACAUAAAUCAGUAAUAGAGAAUAGUCGGGUGAAUCAUGCUGAUCCAGUAGACAGUUCUGGAGACUUACUGUACAAAAGACACGAGAGAGCCAGCAGCCAAAGUGGCAUGGACAUUGAAGAGGAAGUAGUUGUGAGAGAGAGGCCCAAAUCACUGGAGGAUCUCAACCAGAAAAAAGUGGUCCGCGCAAAAAGAGAAAGCCGGAGAAUGCGUGAAUUGGAACAAGCAAUAUUUAGCUUGGAAUUGCUUAAGGUCCGGUCCACUGGAGGGGUGUCUCCCUCAGAGGAGCGUCGGUGGUCCACAGAGCUUGUGUCAGAGGUCCUUCAUUCUCCACAGGGAACCCCAGAGAGUGAAAGCUCUCAGGGGAGCUUAGAAGUGUUAAGCUGUGAGGAUACUCAGAAGAAUAAACUUGAUUCCCCAGUUUUAGAAGAGCAAGAUAUGCAGUCUGUCUCCACUGAGACCCAGGACUCUUUACCUCAUAGUCCUAAGCCUGGUUUACAGGACACAACCUUCUUCUCAGCAGAUGUGAACAGCAACUUAUCUAACAGAAAAAGGACACCAUCAAGUUCUGAGUUACCAGAGAGUCCUGCUACUAAGGAGCGGGUGGUCUGUGAUACCCAGAAUGUUAUCUACAAGAUGCAUCCAAGAGAGACCUUCAUUUCUAGCAACCUGCCUACUUUCUACAUUCCAUCACAGGACACCCAGAAAGCAAAUCAGUCACUGGUGGAGAAUAACAUGAAGAACAAACUAAUGGAAAAGGAAGAAAAACCAGGUACGUUUCCUGAGGUUCAGAAAGAUACGGAGCCAGGCAGGCAUGUCCAAGGCAAAGCCUUGGACAAAGAGAGAGGAGAAAACCCUCCUGUCAAGCAAGAGGAAAGCCUACCUGCUCUUGCAUCAGAUACACAUUCUUCAGACUCUGUUAUCAGGAGACUUGAGAAGCUGAAUGUGGAGAAGGAGGAGCGACAAAAGCAGCUGCAGCAGCAAAAUGAGAGGGAAAUGAUGGAGCAGAUCCGCCAGCAGAAGGAAAUUCUGGACAAACAGCGCAAAGUUUUUGAGCAAUUCGAGAGACAAGGGAGGGGAGAGGCCUUGCAAAGGACUGAGCACAGCAGAAUCAAGGAUCCCUCACAAGGACUGUCUCUCAGACCCCCAAAGAAAACAGACAACAGGCCUCAAUCUCUCCUCAUCCUAAAUCCCCAGAGCAAAGGGGAAAAUUUCCAGACUGUGAAUACAACACCAACCUCAUCAGUGGAUAUUAAAGGUCUCACUGUUGCAAAGAAAGGGAGCCCCCCAGCCCACAUAGCACAAAAGGACAGGCCUGUCAGCAUGUUCCUGGAGCGAAAAGAAGGUCAACCUGGAAUGACACAGGAAUCAACCAGAACAGAUCGAUGGAAUUCAAAACUGGCUGUAGAAUCUGGGGACUUCUCUAGCAGCCAUGCUGCAAGGACAGAGCGCCUCAGGCAACCCCGAAUUCCCAACCAGAGCACUGAUGCCUCUUCUAGUGAGCCGCGGGCUAGUGCUAUUUUCUUCACACCAAAAGACAGUCAUUUCCUUUUCAACAAGGAAUCUUCAAAUCAUCAGAUCCUUUCGAAAGAUGAACCACCUAGAAAGCCACUAAAGUUCCCUGGGCCAGGCAGAGGGGGGCAGGUUGCCAGACCGGCCCAUAAAAAGAAAGCCCGCAUGGCGCGGACGCGCUCCGAUUUCUUGACUAGAGGUACUUUUGCUGAUGGGGAGGGGGAUACGGAGGAAGAUGAUUACGAUGACAAUUUUGAGUUCCUUCUCUCCCCUGACCAACCUCCUCACCUUGAGCCAGGGCCUACAGCCAGGCUUGGGCAGGCCUGUCACAGUGACUCUGAAAUGACAUUGCAGCGUUUCACAUCAGGUGAAGGCCAAGCAAAGCUUCAUAAAACAAUGUCUCAGGGUGAGAUUGGGAAGCUGGCAACUGUUCAGAAGAAUCUGCCUACCGAUGGAAGGCCUCAGAGAGCCAAGAUGAGAUUCUGGGUGAAAGGGAAACAGGGAGACAAGAAAACAUCCAGAGAGAAGCUUACGACCCAGUCUGAGCUGCUUGAGCUGUAUACAGAGCAAGAGGAACCAAACAUAGAGAUGACUCCUGGCCUCCAGCUUGCUGAAGAGUUGGGUCCACAUCACCUGACACCCCCAAGGAGUCCAGAGCUGUCAGGCAUCUACAGAAGGGAAUUUAAAGAGAACAAGGAGCCAUCUCCCAAAGUGAAGCGUAAGCGCAGCGUGAAGAUCAGCAGCUUGGCACUGGAGCCUGUCCAGUGGCAGAAUGACUCUCUGCAGAUCAUAACCAGUGCUGGUGACUUGAAAAGCAUGGAUGAGUUUCUCCUGAAAAAGAUGAAUGAUCUGGAUAAUGAAGACAGUAAGAAGGACACACUUGUAGAUGUGGUGUUUAAGAAAGCAUUAAAAGAAUUCCGGCAAAACAUCUUCAGCUUUUACUCAUCAGCUUUGGCGAUGGAUGACGGGAAGAGCAUCCGGUAUAAAGACCUGUAUGCCCUGUUCGAGCAGAUUCUGGAGAAAACCAUGAGGCAAGAGCAGAGGGAUUGGAGUGAAUCGCCCGUCAAAGUUUGGGUCAACACCUUUAAAGUAUUCCUUGAUGAGUAUAUGACAGAAUACAAACCUCUGGAUUACACUGCUGCAAAGGUGCCAAAAACAGAGAGAAAAAAGAGAAGAAAAAAAGAAGCAGAUGUGGUGGAAGAGCAUAAUGGUCACAUCUUUAAGGCAACCCAGUACAGCAUCCCCACAUACUGCGAGUACUGCUCCUCCUUGAUCUGGAUAAUGGACAGGGCUUCUGUUUGUAAAUUAUGUAAGUAUGCUUGUCACAAGAAGUGCUGUCUUAAAACCACAACCAAGUGCUCCAAAAAGUAUGAUCCCGAGCUUUCGUCACGACAGUUUGGGGUUGAGCUCUCCCGACUGACCAAUGAGGAGCGAGCGGUGCCAUUGGUGGUGGAGAAGCUCAUAAACUACAUUGAAAUGCAUGGGUUAUACACCGAGGGCAUUUACAGGAAGUCAGGCUCAACCAAUAAGAUAAAGGAGCUCCGACAGGGUCUUGACACAGAUAUUGACAACGUGAAUCUAGAUGACUACAACAUUCAUGUCAUUGCCAGUGUGUUCAAACAGUGGCUGAGAGAUUUGCCCAAUCCCCUCAUGACCUUCGAACUCUACGAGGAAUUUCUGCGAGCUAUGGGCCUGCAGGAGAGGAAGGAGACCAUCCGAGGUGUGUAUUCUGUCAUUGAUCAGCUCUCUCGCACCCACCUCAGUACCCUGGAACGCCUCAUCUUUCACCUUGUGAGGAUUGCUCUGCAGGAAGAGACCAAUCGAAUGUCAGCUAAUGCCCUGGCCAUUGUAUUUGCUCCCUGUAUUCUGCGCUGUCCUGACACAACUGACCCACUGCAGAGUGUUCAGGACAUCAGUAAAACAACCACCUGUGUGGAGUUGAUUGUCGUAGAGCAGAUGAAUAAAUACAGGGCUCGUCUCAAGGACAUCAACAGCCUGGAGUUUGCUGAGAACAAAGCAAAAAGCAGGCUGUCUUUGAUCCGCAGAUCAAUGAAACCUGUACUAAUUGCAGUUAGAUUUAUGAGCAUAACCCGCAAUUCAAUCCCGGGCAAAGGACGUCUAAGGCGUGGAACUUUCCCCAGUCCAACAUCUCCUGUUUCAGUGCGAUUACCCUCCGUGUCUGAUGUUUCUGAAGAGACCAUGAGUAGUGAGGAGGCAAUGGAGAUGGAUGUCACAGAUCAGCAGCAGGCAGCUAUGCAGCAAGAGGAGAGGGUGCUGACUGAGCAGAUCGAGAGCUUGCAGAAGGAAAAGGAGGAGCUGACUUUUGAGAUGCUUGCACUGGAGCCCCGAGCCUCUGAUGAUGAAACCCUUGAGUCUGAAGCUUCCAUUGGCACUGCGGAUAGCUCCGAAAAUUUGAACUUUGACUCUGAAGGGGCUAUCUCUGAUCGAUCGGAGAGAAGUUUAGCACUUAGUUCGCUGAGGCCUGUCAAGAUUGAAUCCACGAGCAGGUCGCGAAGGCACCCGAGGAAGCAGCAAGACUCUCUGGACUCAGUGGAUUCUUCGGUUUCUUCUCCGUCUUCAUCCUCCUCGUCCUGCUUACCUCAUGUGACUAGGAAACGAUUCCAAAUGUACUCCAAGUCACCCUUCUAUCGAGCAGUUGCUCCUGGCAAUAUCACUGAGCAGAGGUUGGGACUUGAAGGGUUACCAGGGCAGCUUAGGGGUCUGGAUGACAGGCCCCAGUUCACCAGCAGAGGGACGUUCAGCCCUGAGAAAGGCAAACAGAAGCUGAAGAAUGUGAAAAACUCACCCCAGAAAACCAAAGAGCUCCCAGAGGGGACAGCUGGGGCAGGCCGGAAAAGAAACACUGAAGCAGACUGCAGCAGCACCCAGCAGCUGGUGCUUUUUGGGAACAAUGAGUUUAUGGUGUGAACCAGUUGCCCCAAAUCUCAUCAUUGUUGCAGACAAGUGAUAGCAUCUCACCUUUGGUAUCUUCCCCCCCAUCAUCACCGCCACCAUUGUAGAGUUGCUGCCAGCUGCCCAUGCAAAGCAUUUAUUCACUAAUUGCUUGGGCUUCCAACCUUGCAUUGCCAGUGCUACAGGGAGCAGGAGACUAACUCUUAACAAAAGCCUGUUGGGGACAGUUUCAGCAGUGGCCUUAGCUCUUUUUAAUAUUUUGGAACUCAAAACCUGCCAGGUUUUUCUGACUGGGGACUCAGAACAAAAGAAAAUAAAUUGGGGGAAGAAUUGCUGGUGAGCUCUCUUUUACUUCCCAUCAGCCCCUGGCUUUCUCUUUCUGAGCAGAGGAAAUGGGGAGAGGGAAAAUCAAGCCGCCAGGUAACGCCAACAGGAUCUUGGAGUUUGGGGGGCUGGUCCACGCCUGUCUUGACCUUGAUGUGAAAGCUGCAGACUGUGUGUUUGUGCUGGGAUGAAGCAUAAACUCCUCCUUACAAGGAACCACAGCAAAGAGUAGACCAAGCCCUUUGUUCAGAGCUAUUUAUAAUGCACUCCAUGUUGUUGUCAGGUGAUAAUAAAAAGCUAUCAUUUCCAUUCAAACAAUCAGAGCAUGUCUCAAAACUCCCACCACACAGACCUGCAAUGAAAAGAGAGUGAUUUUUAUUUUUGUUGUUGUUGUUGUCAGGAAAACUAAUGCCAGUUUGACUCCUGGUUAGUUCAAGCCAAAUACUUGUGCCGAAUUUUCAAUAGCCAUAACUAAUCCUGUGAUCGAGGCACAAAGAAGCAUUUCUAAAAAACAAAGGAACCUUUAGAAAUAUAAACCUAAAAUAUUUACAGCCACAUCACAACCCUGCAGUGCUGCCUACUUGUAUACACUGACCCAAGUGAACAAUGGUUAACAGUUCCAGUGAAGGACAGGAACUUCUCAGCCAAGCAGCAAACUCAUGCAGACAAAACAGCACUAUUUUAAUUGCAUUGUUAAAUCAAAAGGAAAUGCAUGGAAAAGUGUUAAGGAAAUUUUCCCAGAGUAAUCUGUUUUUAAAAUGUGACCUAACCAACUUUCUCCCCUUUUCUCAGAUCAUCAGUAUUAAAAGCAAAAAGAAAAAAAAUCAAGGACUACUUUUUGUUAAUAUCCUGGUUACUGAAGUUCACUGUAUAUAUAUUUUAAAGGUUUUUAUUUUCCCCCUACAUGGAAUGUUUUUGCCAGGAAAAGAAAGGGAGAAGUGAGGGAAGGUAGAAUUAGCCCCUAAGAUUAUUGCAGGGAAAGAAAUGGCACCAUUUUUCACCAUAGUGCAUCACCAUUCACCAUGUCUCAGCUCACUGAACAUUUGUGAGAUUAGCAACCUGCCUAAACUGCUUAGAACAUGUGAGAAGCUGAUGCAUGUGCACCUCUCGCUGUAAAUGUGACACCUUCGUCAAGGCAAGUAUGUGACAAAUGUUUGCUUAAAAAGUUCUCACUAGAUCUCUUUAGAGUAAGACGAGCAGUGUCAUUCUGUCAGAUCAAGGCUAGAUUUGUCAUUCAUGAUGUCAUCCUGUGACUUGCCACCUGCACAGAUGUUGCUGUAACACUUUUAAAAAAACAGAUUUGUAGGAAUCUAAUUAGUAAGCUUAGAGGCAGUAGUCCAGGAGGUCACUUAGUGACUUGGAACUUUAUGGGGAUGUCCCUACGUGUUAGUCUGCAUCCACGGUCACAUGGAUGAAGACCAGCAAUCCCAGAGCAUCAUUCAGAGAAAUUACAGAUGCCAGUCCAUUUCCCUAAGCAGCCAGGAAUUUGCUGAUGCUGAGAGGAGGAGUUGAUUAGAAGGGGCUUCAGGACCCGAGUUAGAACAAUUAGCUGAAUAAAUGCUGGAUUGGACCUGCAAGUUAACCUGCUAGUUCUGUACUGGGUAAUGUUCUGAAGCCAAAUGUGGUUCUAACCUUGAUCCUCCUAAUCAGAAAUCUAGAACAGCAGUGUCAGAAUAGCAGCACUGGUUUGUGUACCUGACCCCUGUCUCUCUAGCAACCAAAAGUAACGGGAAAAGACAUUUGCAUUUCAUAAUAUUGCUGGGUAAUGGUUGUUAUUUUACCUCCAUAAUAUGGAACUAGAAGUAUCAUGCAACUCCCAGUAACCCCUUCCCUUGCCUCCCUUCAGUAGCAUUCCAGUACAGAACCAAGUCCGCAUCCUGGCUUCACAACAGUAUAUCUCAGUUCAGAAAGGCCCUUCCUGAACUUGCAGCUGUUGUGGACAAUGGGACACCUGGUUUCGUACAUGGGUGAGCACCCUGGGGAUGAGUCAGUCUGCUGGAGUGGCCUGUAAUAGUAGUAGGUUUAAUGAUUCCUUCCUCUCGGACUUCACUGGUGGGGGAGCAAUACUUUGGCAUGUUCCUCGGCUGGUUGAACCUGCAUUUCUUUAAAGGGAUUUUUUAUUUAUUUAUUAUUAUUAUUUUUUUGGCAGUGAAAAAAAUGUAAUUUAGGCCACUUUUACCAGAGUGGCGAUGACAUGGAGCAGGGACAGGGAUUUACAGUUCCUGCUUUGACCUCCGUGGAUUUAAUUAUGCCAAACUCUUUAGUUCUAAAGUUGCUAAUUUAAUAGGUCUCUAGCCGUUUUACAGAUGAACCAAGAAACCCCUGGCAAGGUGGGUGGUGGUUAUGAAGGUGGAAAGUAACUAAGGAAACGCUCCAGGGCACCCAAACCCUUCAGAAGCCAAUUAUAAGAUUACCCAAAAAAUGUAUAUGAAGUGGAUAGAAUAGGCUGUUGUUUCAACUGGAAUUAAAUGAACUGAUGCCAUGCAGAGUAAUAAAUUUUUAACUUUAAAAAUAAAGUUUUAAACAUGAAUACAGACCAGCUAACUACAGAUUUUGCAACUAGAUCUUAGUUAACCAUUCUGAUGGUGCACAAGCCAGAAGAGAUUUCAGUGCAUACAACCUUAGAGUGGGUUGGCUCUGCACAGCUUGUAGUCUAAAGGAGUCAAAACUUAUAUUUAGUCAGUAGAGUCAGAGGAGACUGAAUACUCGCAGAGAGCAGAUUUGUUGAGGAAGGAUGUGCCGUUUUUACAUAGCCUUUGUUUAAAAAAAACCAUAACUGCAUUUCAAGAUAAGAAAAGUCACUCUGUAAAAAUCUCCUCUCAGUGGAUUCAUAUUGUUCUUUCAGUGAUUUUCAUAUGGGAAUUUGCUGUGUUUAAAAGUCCAAGCACAAGCUGUCGAACUGCCAGCACAGUGGGUUCAACCUGUUAUUUCAAAAUCAGGCUGUGUUCUUUGUGCUUCACACUGUGUAUCAUCUCCCAUGUGGAAUCAGAAUGCUGCUGGCACUUUUGCUGCCUUCAGGCAGAAUAGGACACAGCUUGCUUUUCUUAAGCUGUACUGGGUUCUGCAAGACUGAUUCAGAGCAUACUUUAUGAAGGAGCCACUUUUGCAGAGUUACUUUUGGGAUCAUCAUCUGAUAGAGAGAGAAUCCCUAUUCUGAUGGCUCUGCAGAUGGAAUCGUUAGAAAUAGGACAGGGCUCAGUUUUCAGCAGGGAUUAUUCCUACUUACCUUCUUCUGAAGGUUUUUGCUCCCAUUGACUUGCGGAUUCCUCAAUAAUGUUGAUUAUUGAACUACAAAUUUCUGCAGAAGCAACGGGUCAGGAUGGGGAGGGACAUCAUGAAGUUUUCACAAAAGGGGGUCCAGGUUGCUGUCCCCUGCAGUGUCGUACUUAAUAUUGCCAUGCAAGGAAUUAAGUUUGGGAUCCCCCCACAGUGUCCACACCUGCAGAAGCAGCAUGCAUCUGCCCAUAUAUGAUAGCAGAGGCUGCAAGUCAUACCGCUGUUACAGCCUUUUCAGUUGGGUCGAGUGGAGGAUACACAAGGAGCUAUGGAUAGCUGCCUCCACUCAAGGGGUGAGAUUUAACAUUAGCUGAAGACUGUUAAUACUGGAAAAGCAUCAGGGGAUCCAACAUUGAUUUAUCAAGCCCUGCUUAGUUUAGAUUAAGGAACGGUCUGUCUGUCCCUUCCCUCCCGCGCGCCUCCCCCCUUCCCCCCCCCCAUGGUGUUGGUGAAGAGGAAUUACAUAAGCACUUGUAAUUAAGAUGUUAAGCACCAAACAGUCUGAACACAGCUUCCCAUUAGAAAUCAGAUGUGUAUGGUUCAAAAGGUGAUAUACACACAGGAAGCCCUGAAUGAAAACAUGGCUUUCGACACGCCCGCCUCUGCUGUUCUCAGGGUUUCUGACCCUCCACAACGAAUCCACUUCUGCAACAGUAACUCUAGGCUUCAGAUACACUCCAGGGUGUCCUAGCUUUCCUUUCUUCCAAUCCAAGAGCAUUCUUUUCAGCCAGAACCCUCCCACCCACCACUUUCCUUUUAUCUUGUCUUGAAGUGGGGAGGGGGAGACAGUGAAAAGGUUCUAGUGGGUCCAGACUGUGUGUUCUGUUUUUGUCGUUGUUUAAUUAUUAUUUUGAACACAGGCACGGGAUAGACCAAUUCUUUGUUUCGUUCCCCGUCCACGUUUAAGCCUGAUGCCUGUCUUCCAGGCCUGUCAUGCAGUAGGUAAGCGGUAGGUUCUCCAAUAUGAUACACUCCUUGUACCAAGUGAAUGUACUUACCACUGGAAAGGAUAGGGGCUGCAUAUUAUUAUUAAUUAUUAUUAUUUGUAAUGGAAAUUUUUAAAGUAAUUUAUAAGUAUGCUGAGUGUAAAUUUAAAAAGCAAAGUCUGUAUUGUAAAAGGAUAUAUUAUCCUGUGUCAUACGCUCUAUAUAUUUUACCUGUUUAGGAAAAAAGACUAUAUAAAGGAGAAGGAUUUCUCUUACUCACAGAGCCAGAUUGCAUGCCACUGUGCAGUCAACUGGCACUUUGUCAUUUCAUGUCAGUAGGUUUUCUUUAAUUUUUUUUAAUUAAUGUUGUUUUUUUUUCCUUCUGGAACAAGGCCGUCAUAUGUAUAAAGUGCAAUUUGUGUAAUAUUUCUUAAAUAUAUACUGUAUGGCUGUACAAAACCAACUUUAUGAACAAAUAACCCCUAGCUUAUUAAAGAACAAAACUAUUAAAAAGCAAAGAAUGACAGUGA